AAGUUGUUUUGUCAUUUGUCAUGUCAUUUUGCGAGUGCGCAACACAGAACAGAAGUUUCGCUUGGUAGAGUUCAUAGAUUGCUGCUCUAAGGAAUUAAGAACCUAUACAUUACAUAUACAAUAAGAUAAUAAUCAGUGACAUGGCGAUAUUUUACAUCUGCUAAUUAUUAGAACAAGCAAAGUGUAAAUUGUGUGUCUGAAAACAUGAUGGAGCCAUCGAAUCAUUUCACAGGGAACUCUGACCCUGCCCUAUCGAAUGCUGGUGUGACAGGAAAUCUAGAUGUUGGGUCAUUCAGAAACCCUGUACCUUCCACGUCUACAACUAAUAUACCACCACCUUUACCACCAAGACCAGAAGUUGGCGUUCAAUCAAACUAUGGCAUGAAUACUUACGGAAUGAAUUCCUAUGGGAUGAAUUCUUACGGCGCGAUGGGAGGCAUGGGAUCUUACGGAAUGGGUGGCUACGGCUCCUAUGGCAUGGGGGCCUAUGGAGGAUAUGGCGGUGGUUAUGGUAUGAAUGGGAUGGGCGGUAUGGGGUAUGGAGGAUACAAUAGAUUUGGACCAAUGGAUAUGGAAAGUAGGUUCAUACAAUUAGCGGAAGAGAACUCACGGCCUGCAUUUGACUCGAUACAGGGCUUCGUGAAUGCAGUCGGCAGUGUGGCCAUGAUGCUGGAGAACACAUUUUUUGCACUCACCAGCUCUUUUAGAGCAAUUUUGGGUGUAGCAGAGAACUUCGGUCGUCUAAGGUCUCUGUUCGCGCAGUUCUGGUCCACAUUCGCUGUGGUGAGGUCAUUGAACUGGCUUGUCAGGAAACUCAUGGUGAUCAUCGGCAUCAGGACAGAAAACGAGUUUAAGGCUUGGGCCGAAGCGGUGUCAUCGACGCAACCCGGAGGUUCGUCCCCGGAACACAAGCCCCGUGGGUCCAGUUGGCCCGUCCUGUUGUUCUUCGCCGUGGUCGCCGCUGCGCCCUACAUAGUGCUCAGAAUGAUGCAGGGACUGUCUAACAGUAUAAACGAGAGACUCACCGACCCAACGACCUGGCAACAGCCGCUGAACGCGGUAGCUCAAUACGACUACCAAGCUACAUCUCCUCAAGAGAUCAGCUUCUCAGCCAAUCAGGUGCUGACCCUGGCUCCCCAACACCUUCAGAGUCAUCUCUGGAACAGCGGAUGGGUCAUGGCGACGACAGAUAAGCAGCAUGCGGGGCUGGUCCCAGUUCCGUACAUAAAAGUCAUUAAACCGCCGAGUCCUGACAAAGUAGACUCGAAGGUUGAGAAAGAAAGUGUAGUGGAAAUGGAUAAACAUUUUGAGAAUGAAUUGUAAAUGACGAUACUUACUUUGAAUAAGUUACCGCGUUGUUGACGCGAUUUUACUUUGCGCUACCAACGUUGUAUAUGUGGGUGGGCUUACUCAUAUUGAAAAACUCAAACGUUAGCCGUUAUUGUGAAAGAAUACACCAAAUAUUAAACUAGCAGACUCUGCCCCCGCUAUGAGUUUAGUAACUUAUACUACUGCGAAUUUUAAGCCUUCUCUCUCUGUCCCACCAGGGGCGGCAUAUUGCGGCAAAGUUAAAUUGUGGUUUACUUAUAUUGUAAGAAUUCCACCGCUAAUAUUUUUACGUAAGGCAGAAGAAUUUUAGAAACUGUCGCAUCAAAUCUAUUAAUAAAGACCGGUUGGAUGGGGCACAUUUUUAAAGCUACCUAUAUAGUUAAUUUCAUUGGUAUGGAAACUUAUUACAAAUACCUACCAUUCCUGACGCGAUUUCAGGGGUGUAAAAUGUUUAAACUGUUUAUUGAAAUUGUUUUAAUCCUUGCAAUCUCUGUGAUACACGAGAAAUAUUAGGAAAUAGUAAAUGAUAGACAAAUGAUGAAUAUUCAAAUAUAUAACGAAAUAUCCAGUACUAGGUUUAUCACUGUGGGGGCAAUAAAAAAAUAUUAAGUUCUUUUAAGUAGUUGUACUUAGUGCUAUGUUUACACGUAAACUAUACCACUAUUGAGAAUACUUCUACAUACAUAAAAGUUGAGUAUUCCUUGUUUGUAUAUUAGUGGCGCCUCCUUUUCAUUUCGAACUGUAUCUUGUUAGUAAGGUGUAAAAUUUGUGUAUAAUAUUUUUUAAUUUUAUAUUUUCCUCAGACUGUUUUGCAUUUCCAAAGCCUUAAUUUAUAAAUUUGCGUCAAAAUGUUGAGAUUUUAAAUGUCACAAAGUGUGUAAAAUGAAUUGACCAUUUACUUACAUGGCAGCAUCCAGUUGUCAACCAAUUGGGUUGGUAGUAAGUUUAGGUAUUGCCAUAUAAAAAGGAUAUUAGGAACUAAAAUUAGCGUUGUUAUUUUAUGUUGCGAAGUUGCAAUUGUUGUAUGUACCUUUUAUUGUAAAUAUAUAGCUUUACUUGUCAAAUAUAAUUUAAUCCAUAAUAAUAUAUUUUGCAUUUCAGUUAACUUUAAUGGUUUACUAAUUAUUCAAAGAUGUUUUACCUUUAUUCUAGUCCACAUGUUUUCUACCUUUUUAUCAUAUUCCGUCUUCGGUGUCGCUUAGUUAAUUCCAAUUUAUAUUCAAAAUAAAUAUUAUGAAAUACUUUGGGUAUGUAAUGUGACGAGAAAAUAAAAACAAAAUGUUUAUUAAAUUACUUAGCAAUAAGCUCUCUGGUGCAUGGUUACGAGAUUAGUUGUCUCGAGUUAAUUAAAAAAGGGAUGGACUGAUUUUAUUACUUAUCAAUAAUAAAGUUAAAUUUUAAAGAAA